AUGUAUGCCGAAUGGCUUUGUUUCCUCUUGUACGUGAAGCAUCAUUGCUUCAGCACCCGCCCGCUGGUCCAGCUACAGAGUUAUUGCUUGGUGCGCGCAACGCUGCGACCUGUGUUGGCGGGCCCUGCUGCACACCCCAUCGGUAUCGUCCAGUGGUUUCGUUGUUCGGUUAGCCAGGUGCCAGAGAGGACGAUACACCAUUUCCCGCGCGCCGGCCGCUGCCAGACCAAGACCAAGACCAAGACCAAGACCAAACCACACCACACCACACCACACCACACCACACCCGACCGCACACCUCAUCUCACCUCACUCCCCCUCACCACACGGCCACCGCCGGCCAGUGUCUCUCCUCCCACACCCACACACACACCCACACAACGGCGCGCCGCUGCCCGCUCCUCGCCAUCCGCCAUCCGCCAUCCGCCAUCCGCCAUCCGCUGCCUACUGCCCUCGACUGCACGCACAUGCGCCGACUCGACCACGACGCUGCCCCCGGCUACUUGCCCGUCCCGCGCCAUGGAGCACUUCGACACCCUCACCAUGUCGUACAUGUCGACGCCCAUGCCACUGCAGCCCGUGUCCAGGCCCGACCAGCAGAUGGCCAUGCCCAUGGUGCCCAUGGACCACUACGACCAGCGCUCGGCAUAUGACGCCGCAGAGACGUUUGCUGGUAGCGAAGAUGCCUUCUCCACCUACCACCUGCAACAACCCCCGCCCCACCUCAAGCGCUUCCCCACCGCCUACGAGGACCCCUUCUCCGAUGUCCAGAGCGGCUACGAGCAGUCCAUCCACCCACACGACCAGAAUGGCAUGCCCGAGAGCCCCAACAUUGAGAGCAACAACAAGCUGCUCAGCUUCUCCCUCCCCGACGUGCCCUACACCAUCCUCAGCUAUGCGAUGCAACGCGUCUCCAUCUCCAUGGCUGCCCAGCUCCACGGCAUGUUCUUUCUCGCCGAGUCGCCCUGGGCUACUGCGAGCGAUGUACAGACGCCACCAACGGAGCUGACGUGCUAUCGUAGGAAUCUCUUUCAGAUCACUGGCACCGUCACCCUGCCGCGGAACUUGCAAUACAUCUUGACCGAUCAGGGCGACCAACUCCCCAUUCUUGGUCAAGAGCUGACCAUUUCGGCCGCAGAGUCGCUGGAAGGCAACCCUGUCAAGAUCAUAUCCGUGCCGUGGAAGACACCUGCAACAAGCACCGCGCCCAUGGAGGACAAGACCGAAAAGGAACCCCCGACCUAUCCUCUCGAUCUCUCCACCGGCCAGGACAUGGAUUCGGAUUAUGUCAGCUUCCCCAUCAGCUGGAAGCGGCUGCAGUUUCGCAUUGCAACGGCGAACAACGGCCGUAGGAAGGAGCUGCAGCAGCACUUUGUCGUCCGACUCAAGGUUGUGGCGACAUUGGCUACCGGCGCAAAGGUCCCCAUAUGCGAGAUACAUUCGGGAGCCAUUAUUGUGCGCGGCAGGAGUCCACGCAACUUCCAAUCUCGAAAGGACAUGCCAAUCAGUGGAGGAAACGCGUCGACUCGCAAGGCCUCGCAUCUCCCGCAACCGUCCAGUCGAACGCCUACGGGCGAGACCCACCAGAACAAACAAGGCCAUGCACAAAACCAAUCCGUAGCAACGUCGAAGCCAGUGGACAUGAUGCCAGUUCCUUAUGACUUCAAUGCCGAUAACGUGCCACCCUCUCCAGAUUUUCUUGAUUGGAAGAUGCCAGCUGGAGCCAUGACGGCCAUACCGCCGGAUCCACCAUCAUCGCAGAUGCACCACGUGACUCCCUAUGCUCAGUCCACGCCCGAGAUAUCACGGAGCGUUCCACCCCAAUCACAGCCCCCGCUGGCACCUGUGACGCUCUCAUUGACAGACGAUGAGCCCAGAAAGGCGCCGUCUCCGGCCGAGCACAACAAGAAGCGGGCCACCCCCGUACGGCCACCUUCAUUCUCGAUUGGGAUCAUCAACAGCCCAGACGAGAGUGCCGACUUGUUGUAUGAGUAUUUUCCGUUGGGUCUAGACGACUGGAUGCCACCUGUCGAUGCAGUAUAUCGCCCGCAUGUUGUCCACCACACCAACCUUCCACAAGAUCCAAAGGCACUUGCUGUUAAGAAUCGGUCCAAGAGGUACUUCUCAGACGCCUGGUGA